CGAAAUUGACACCCCGGACAGGGGUCUUCCCUACAACCUUUGCAUUAAUGGCAUUCAUUUCUUCUUUUUUGUUUCACAAAGCUGAAUGGAAAACAUCAACUCUAUUCUCCUCACUCUGUUAGUUCAAGAAAAGAGAAGGCAGUUAUAACAAUGCAAGUUCUCAUCGUUCCAAAACAUUCUGUCCACUUCUAUCUGCAGCCUUAUGCAGAUGGGUCUUGCAAUCACAGUUGGGCCAAAGACAUUCACAACAAGCACUAUCUAUUGCUGUGAGUUACUCAUUUAUUUCCUCACAUGAAAAGGAAAGGUUCUAGUGCAGGAGAGAGGAUUUGUCCUAGACCUUCACAGAAUGAGUAAAAUGGCAAGUAGUUCUGUGUUUCCCAGGCAACAUGGCUCAAAGGCUUCCAGGAAUGGUGAAAGCCAGCGAGUUGCUACAAAGGUACUGUAGUUAAACCCAUUAGUUCAGGGGUCCUCAAACUUUUAAAGCAGAGGGCCGGUCCACAAACCUUCAGACAGUUGAGGGGCCGAAUUAUCAUUUGAAAAAAAAAAUGAACAAAUUCCUAUGCACACUGCAUAUCUUAUUUGUAGUGCAAUACAACAAUAACAAUUAAAGAACAAUACAAUAUUUAAAAAUGAAAACAAAUUUAACCAAAAUAAACCUAUCAGGAUUUCAAUGGAAAGUGUGGACCUGAUAUUGGCCAAUGAGAUAGUCAAGUUAAUUAGGAUUGUUGUUGUUGUGUGCCUUCAAGUCAUUUCAGACUUUGGGCGAGCCUAAGUCUAAAAUAUUUAUUUAUUUAUUUACUACAUUUAUAUCCCACCCUUCUUUCCCCAAAGGGGACUCAGAGCAGCUGUAUGUACAUACAAUAUAUUAUUAGCAUAGCACAAUAUUAGCAUUAUAUAUUACUACUAGCUGUGCCCGGCCACGCGUUGCUGUGGCGAAGUCUGGUGGUAUGGGAAAUAAAGUAUUGAGGAAUUGGUGGUAGUUAAGGUAAAGAGUAAACGUUUUCCCCUGACAUUAAGUCCAGUCGUGUCCGACUUUGGGGGUUAGUGGUUAUCUCUAUUUGUAAGCUUGAAGAGCUGGCGUUGUCCGUAGACUCCUCCAAGGUCAUGUGGUAUGACUGCAUGGAGUACCGUAACCUUUCCGCUGGAGUGGUACCUAUUCAUCUACUCUCAUUUGAAUGUUUUUGAACUUUAGGGUUGGGAGAAGUUGGGGCUAACAGUGGGGGCUCUGUCUGUUCCUCGAAUUCAAACCUGCAACCUUUCGGUCCAGAAGUUUAGCAGCUCAGCGCUUUAACACGCUGCACCAUCAGGGGUAUUAUUUUCGUAAGGUUGUGAAUAUACAAUAUUUUUGAUUGUUUUUGUCUGUUGGAGGGAAGUAUGAAUGCUGCAAUUAGGAAAAAUGAUUAGCAUGUAAUGACCUUGUAGCUUUAAAGCCUGGCUGUUUCCUCCCUGAGUGAAUUUUUUGUUGGGAGGUGUUAGCUGGCCGUGAUUGUUUCCUCUCUGGAAUUUCCUUGUUUUCAGAGUGGUGUUGUGUGUGAUAUUUUAUGUGCUUCUACUGCCUGUGACCCUCAGAAAACAGAGGAUUUGCCAGACUUUGGCGAUGGGAAUACUUUGUUGGGAGGUGUUAGCUGGCCCUGAUUGUUUCCUGUCUGGAAUUCCCGUUUUCAGAGUGGUGUUGUUUAUUUAGUGUUGUGAUUGUAGAGAUUAUAUUGUUGUGUAUUACUGCACCACAGUAAUUAUUUCAUCUUACAGUAGAAUCUCAGUUAUCCAACAUUUGGUAAUGCAAUGUUCUGGAUUAUCCAAUGUAGUCUGCGUUUUAGUAGUCAAUUUUUGUGUAUUCAGUGUUUUAAAUUGUGAUACUUUUUCUGUCAAAUUUGUUGUAUAACAUGAUGUUUUGGUGGUUAAUUUGUAUAAUGAUUCCCUAAUUUGAUGUUUAAUUGGGAUUUCCUGAAUCCGUUCUUAUUAUCCAACAUAUUCAGUUAUGCAAUGUUGUGCUGGGAUGUUUAUGUUGGAUAAGUGAGAUUCUACUGUAUAUUUAUAAUUUUGCAAGGAAGGCGUUUGCGCCAUCCCCCGGGCCCUGGAAAAGGGUAAAUAAGAGAAGAGGAGAAGGCGCUCUGUACGUGCUCAGGGGCCAGGCGGGAGGCGUGGCGGGGUGAGGUCUGCCCUUCCCCUUUGCCCCUCAAUCCCGGCCCUUCCCCUCCUACCGGAGGUGGCGCCGGUGUGGUGGUGGGUUGUAGGCCAGGCAAGAGCGGGCUCCAGUGGAGGCGCAGGCCUGGGGCGUCGCGGCUUCCUCCCCGCCUCCGCGCUUCCUGAUGCCGGCCUCCAUGUUCUUCCCGCGGAGGACAGGAGGAGGCCUGAGCAGUGGCGAGGAGGAGGAGGAGGGGAACCGGGCCAGGAAGGCGGGCAACGUGGUGCUCGUCCGCCGCUGCAGGCCCGAGAGGAAGAGAAAGGGGUGGGAAAGGCUGCCCCUCCACACAGAGGGAGAGAGGACUAACUGCCCAUGUAAAUACAGUUUUCUGGAUGAUAACAAGAAGCUGAUACCUCGAAAAGAUGUGCCAUCCUAUCCCAAGUACAUGCUAUCUCAAGAAACAAUAGAAGCUCUCAGGAAACCAACCUUUGAUGUUUGGCUAUGGGAGCCCAAUGAGAUGCUGAGUUGCUUAGAACAUAUGUAUCAUGAUUUAGGACUAGUGAAAGACUUCAACAUUAACCCUAUCACACUGAAAAGGUGGCUGAGUCUGAGCCCUGAACAAGCCCAAACCUGGUCACAUGGUCUUCAGCCCCGCCCACAACAAAGAGUUAAGCUGUGUAUUCAUGACAAUUACAGAAACAAUCCAUUCCAUAACUUCCGACAUUGCUUCUGUGUUACCCAGAUGAUGUACAGCAUGGUUUCGCUCUGCAACCUCCAGGUAAAGAUUUCCCAAAUGGAUAUUUUAAUACUAAUGACUGCAUCAAUUUGUCAUGAUCUGGAUCACCCAGGAUAUAACAACACGUACCAGAUUAAUGCACGAACAGACCUUGCCGUUCGCUACAAUGACAUUUCUCCACUUGAGAACCAUCACUGUGCGGUAGCUUUCCAGAUCCUGACACAGCCAGAGUGCAACAUUUUCUCCAGUGUUGAUAAGGAACAGUUCAAACGGAUAAGGCAGGGGAUGAUUACAUUAAUCCUGGCAACAGACAUGGCAAGGCAUGCUGAAAUAUUGGAUGCAUUCAAAGAAAUACUGGAUAACUUUGACUACUCAAAUGAAGAGCAUGUGACCCAGUUGAAGAUGGUACUAAUCAAAUGCUGUGAUAUCUCCAAUGAGGUUCGCCCAAUGGAAGUGGCAGAGCCAUGGGUAGAUUGCUUACUAGAGGAGUAUUUUAUGCAGAGUGACCGUGAAAAGUCUGAAGGGCUUCCAGUGGCACCUUUUAUGGACCGAGACAAAGUGACCAAACCUACAGCACAGAUUGGCUUCUUAAAAUUUGUUCUAAUUCCAAUGUUUCAAACCGUAACAAAGCUUUUUCCAGAGGUUGAAGAAGUCAUGCUCCAACCGCUUUGGGAAUCCAGGGAUCGCUAUGAGGAACUGAAGCAAAUAGAGGAUGCUAUGACAAAAGAGCUACAGAAGAAGAAGAAUGAAAAUUUGACAAGUGGAGGCAGAGAGAAGUGAAAUACAAAUGAAAGAUGGGGCACAUUAAGCAUUAUAACAGACACAAAGAUCCUUUAGAGGUUUGCCAAGUCCAGCGAACCGUCAUGGAAUUUCAUAGCAUUGACAAAGGACAAGACUGAACAGCUGACAGUACCACAAGCACUUUUUCAGGUUCCUUUUCUAAAGACUAGCAUUUACCCUUAUGAACACAGAUGAUAAGGAACCUCUGCUGUUGUACAAUAUUUUUACUUUUAAAGUUGUCUUCUAAAUAAUAUAUUCUUAUACCAAAAAAAAGACUGCUGCACUUACUCUGUUUUGUAGCUUUUAUAUACGUGUGUGUUUUGAAAACAGCUACCUGUGGUUUCAUGGAAAUAUAUGUGGGAAGACAGAAUUUGUAUAUUUUGAGAGAAUUGUUGUAGAAAUGUUUAUACAUAGGAUUGUGUACCGUUUAAGAUAACAAAAAUCAGCCUCGUUGUGUCUGUAUACAUUUAGGAUCCUCAUUUUGCCCUAAUUUAUGCCUCCUGUUACUUUAUUGAAGAAUUUGACCAAAAUGCUAUUAUGAUCAGUCUAAGAGAAAAUAAUAUUUUACCUUUACUAGUUAGCAACUGUUUGCAGUAAAACAUUUUUAGGACAGAAAUCAUAAGCAGAAUACCAAAGUCUCAGAUUAUCCCCUUCUCAUGGGCCUGAUGCCAAUCACAUUUUAAUAAAUACUGCCCUUCUAUUGAGGGUGGUAACUGUGGCAACUGGUGUUCCUUCAGAAGACAUGACCCUUAGCACUGAGAGGAUGUUCAAAGGAUCCUGUAUGAAGCACAUAAAGCAGUUCUGUUGCCAUGGCUAAGCAAGUCUAACCAGUGGGUGCCAUGAAAGCUGGCAACGUUCAUUGCCUGCAGCCUAAGAAAUUUAGUGUGAGCCAGAAUAGAUGGUAAGGAACUCAGUGAACUUCAUAGGAUGGCAACUGUAUUAUCAAUACAUGAGCCUACACUGAACAAAAGUUGACCAUCCUUUUGUAUGAGUAGGGUUGUCUAGAGCAAUAAUAACAGUUUCUCUGUGUGAUAUAGUGAGUUGACUCCAGGAAACCAAAGUUUGAAUCUCUUCUCAGCCCAGGAAAUCCACUGUUUGUCCUUGGGCAAGUAACAGUCUCUUGGCAUAACAAUAAGGCAAUGCUAAACCCUCUCUCCAUAAAUCUUGCUCAAAUUUGUUGUUGUGUGCCUUCACGUCAUUUUCAACUUUUGGCAAAUUUAAGGCCUAUCAUGAAGUUUUCUAGGACUGAAAGUGUGUCAUGGGUUUCCAUGGUGAAGCAGGAAAUCAAACCCUAGUUUCCAGAGUUUUUGUCCAAUAUUCAAACCAGUAUAUCGCAUUGACUCUUCCUGCUGAGAUACGGUCAUCAUAAAUUGAAGACACAUAAUAAUUUUACUUUCAGCACCAAGCAGUGAAGAUUUGGAGCAAUAUAACCAGCCAGUUGGAAUGGCAUGGGCUGUUCUCCCCAAGUUCCACAUGAUGUAGCCCUCAGAUAUAAGGAGGCCUUAGAGAUGUCAUGCAAGUUAUGCAACACACAUAUAGCACAGUGAUUCCACUUUAACUGUUAUUAUUCCACCCUAGGGUUUGUAGUGUGUGGUUUGGUGAGAUACUAGAGGUCGGUGACUGAGAAAUCCUAGUGUACCUCCCUAAAUUGCAAAUCCCAGGAUGUUGUAGGAUAGAGCCAUCACAAAGUUGAACCCAAGUGUCUGGGUUCAGGUCCAUAGACAUAAGACAGGACUGAAAAAAAAUCUGCAUAUGGUGUACAUACUUCCUAAUGGCUGAAGAGUUCUCCCAAAGUUUUGACUUCACUAUUCAAGUGUGAUUCAAAGGCUAUAAGCAUUGGUACAGUUGUUGAUCAUAUGUGCCUUCUGUAGCAUCCAGUUAAACUCUAAAUGGAAAUAAGCCACACUGUAAAAUUGGCUCUUAAGUUGGAGAAAGAUAAUCUGUAGUAGACACCAAGCCCUUAAAAGGGAGAGUUACACAAGGCAGCAGUAAAAAAUAUAACAGAAUAUAAAGGCCUUAGAGUUUAGGAGAAGAGACCACUAUAAAACAUACAUUUGAGGACUGUCAUACAGAGGCUCCAAUUUAGCAGAUGAAUCAGAGCAACAGGAAUAUGUGAAGGAAACACCCAUUAGCAACACAGACAAAGGGUUCCUGACAUGGAGCUCCAAUGUAACUAAAAAGAUUUUCAUCCUCUGUUUGUGUUAAGUAUCCAGAAGGACAUGUAAAACAUAAACGGUAGGAAAUCCUUUCCAUAUGUUGAAUUGGCUGGCAUCCCACUUGUAAUAUGUGUUAGUAUAAUGCUGGCAUGUGUCUUUUUAUGGCUACUGAGGGGGGAAGAAUCUGCCACUUCUUUCAUGUAACCAACAUCAAUCCUCUAGACUCCAGUCCUCCAUUACGGUCAUGUAGUAACCUGGGAGGAUAGGGGACAUCUAUCCAGUUCUCACCUAUAUCUCAAUAGCUAGAUAUAACCUCCAGAAGGAGUCCCCAGUAACACAGUGGUUUAAACCCUUGUGCUGGCAGGACUGUUGACUUGAAGGAUGGGCUGCUGACCUGAAAGUUACCAUUUCAAAUCCAACCCGGGGAUAGUGCGGAUGAGCUCCCUCUAUCAGCUCUAGCUCCAUGAGGGUACAUGAGAGAAGCCUCCCACAAGGAUAGUAAAAACAUCAAAACAAAAAACAAAAAACAUCUGAGCAUCCCCAUGCAACAUCCCAGACGGCCAAUUCUCUCACACUAGUAGCAACUUGCAGUUUCUCAAGUCGCUCCUAACACUGAAAAAAAAAAAAAACUCCAGAAGAUUUCUGAGUUCUUUUGGGAACUAUAGGAACAUAGCCAGACACUUCUCAGCCACCCUCAUUCAUGACACAUCAGGGUGGAUGUAGGUGGAAGCAAUGUCCUGCAAGAAGGGACAAGAAGAGAGGAGGGCCAUCUGGCUGGAACCACCUCCCCAUAUCUAACAUUAUUCAAAAAUGUAUGUGCUGACUUCCACAGUGCCUUACAUUUCAACCCGAUGGUUUGGAAGAAGUAAAUAUUUCCCACCACCACUGUAUGCACCAACUAUAUUGGAAGGUUUUUAACUGAGAAUGUACUGUAAUUUUUGUAUGGAUUUCUUUUAGAUUGUUCUUUAUUGGGUUAUAAAUAUAAAGCGGCAUAUAAGGAAAACACUACAAGAAAGCUCAUGUCUCUCUUUGAAGGGCACAUGUACCCAAGCCAUAUGCCUGCAAGCUGCAGAGAGGCUGCCUGCGUUUUGUGAUUCUGUGUUUAAAAAGGAAAGUGUAGGUGGGUGCUCAGACUUCUCUUCCAUGCAAAACAGGAAAGAACUUGCUCAACUCAGGCUUCCCUCACCAGAGAACCUCAAUGACUAAUACUUGGCUCACUAAGCACUGAAUAAUACUCUCAUCACCUUAAUUGUGCGGCAAGAUGUUUUGAAACAGCACAUCUUUAUUUUUGUAUUUGGCUGUUGUGUCAAUAUGUAUAUUUUUCUUAGAGGUAUUGCUGUAUCCUUUGUUUAUCCACUUCUGUUGAUCAAAUAUACUGUCGGAAGUUCACUGUAGAUGCACAAUGUGGGCACAUUAAUAUACACUGAACAAUGUAUUACGGCUCUAUAAUUUUACUUCAACUGCUGUGAUUCCAUCCUAUGGAAUCCUGAGAUUUGUAGUUUAGGGAGAACUAGUUAGAAUUCAAUGUAUUGUUGAAGGCUGUACAAUUUUCAGACUGAGAUUUAGUUCCUCAACAAAUCCCAGAGUUUCUUAGGGUGUUAAAAGUUGCAUUGUAAUGCUUAUAAAGGUAUAAUGCAGUGGUUUUCAACAAGGGGUCCCCAUAUGCUUCUGGCCUGCAACUCCCAGAAAUCCCAACCAGUUUACCAGCUGUUAGGAUUUCUGGGAGCUGAAGGCUAAAAACAUCUGGAGACCCCAGGUUGAGAACCACUGGUGUAAUGUGAAAUGUUCCAGAAUCAUGCAACAAUCUCCCAUCAAUAACUGAUCACCUUCUAAGCAUUGCUCCAAAUUUGCACCUGUGUGGAAGCAGGCAGCCAGCAAAGCUUUUUGGAUUAUAUGCUGUUUGAAAACACCCAUUCACUGAGUCAACCAAAUUGCAAUUUCUUUUUUAAUGAAACUAGAAUAAACUCUAUAUUAUCUUCAA